AUGUCGCCAAGCAACGGAGAUGUAGCAGUAGAAAAUGCUUACUCCGUACUUCCAUGGUGCGUGGAGAACACUGGCCUCAUCAGCACCAUGAAAUUGAAGGGCGCAAGUUGGAGUAGCAAGGUGUUGCAGAUUUCCACGAGCCUCCAUGCUAUUCUGCUGCGGGUUGUCAACAUGUCGGGUCAGACCAGAUCGGUCAUUCGAGAUGGGAAUCAAAAGGUCGACUUUGCAAUCGCCCGAUCGAAUCAUGCAGCAACACCAGCAAUGUACGCCCAGCCCCUAGUCAGACGCUGCACUUCUUUUCUGGCCAACACCCAUACUACUAUGGUUAUGCUCUACAUCGAAUCAGGAAGGUUUUCGAACCUGAUCUUUGGCUCAUUUGUCACAUGUUAUCGCAUGAACAUCGCCCGCUCUCACUCCAAGCUUGAUAGCGUCUUAAGAAUCUACCGGUACAUAACGUGGAUGACUACAUGGUUACACAAAUUCCGAUUCAAAAGCACAAACGAUUUGGUUCAGAUCAUUUUCAUAGUUCCUCUGUCGCGACGCGAAGGACGCAUGGAAAAAUGGAUAAGUUGCAAUACAAAGCUCACAUUGCAGACAUUCCGGUCACCACAGGGACCCAUUGCUUGA